AUGAAUAUUGAUGAAUCUCCAGAAAUAAAACAAAAUCCACUUGAAGUACCCGAGAGUAAUCGCUUACAAAUGGAAUCUAUUGAUGCUAAAGAGGAGACUCAGAUAAUCGAUAAUAGCCACCAGCAAAUAAAUUCAAAAAGUGAGACUACUUCAGAUUCAAAUAUUGUUAGUUCAAAAAGGAAUUCUGCCAACGCAAAUGAUACAGAUAUACAUAAAGAUACACCACAACAAUUAGAUCAACACCAAAGUAUUCAUAAACAACCUAUUCAACUUCCUGCUAAUGAAACUGAUAAUACACAAACUGAUAACGUAAUUCAUCUACAAGAAGAAACUAAAUCAUUUAAACAAGAUAAUGAAACUGCUACUGUAAACCAUAAUAAAUUCAAUGAUCAAAAGCAAAAAUCACCUUCAAAGAAUAGGCUUGCUAGAACAAAUCUGUCUAAACCAAAAUCAUCGGCAACUUUUGAUUUUGGUUCAUCAACUGAGAGUGGUGAUGAUUUCUUGUUUAAUAACUCAUCAAUUCAACAGCACCAUAAAAAACAGGAACAGCAAAAGUCAGAAAAUCAUAGCACGAGGAAUCGGAGAACAACUUCUCUUUCACGUAAGCAGGAUUCAAACGAUGAUUUGCUUGACGACAGCUUCCUGAAUUCAGAAUCAGAACCAAAAUCGAAGAAGAUUGCAACACAACCAAUAACAUACAAGAAAACCAAACCAAAAGAUAUGAAUGAUUUAGAUCAAGAUAUCGAUGACCUAUUAAAUGAUGAUCUUGAUUUGAAUGCACCAAAACCAACAACAGCUAGGAGAUCAAGGACCAAAUCUCCAUUUGGAUUUGAUAAUAGUUCGAUAGAAAAAACUUCCACCGAUGAUCUGUUUGGAAGUUCCUUUGAUAUAGGUCAUCCUCCAAAUAAUACACAUCCUAUAAAUUCUCAAAAGGCUACUCGAUCCCCAAGCAGGGCACGAACCUCAACGAAAAACAAUCGGAACAAAUCUAAAAGUCCAUUUGGAUUUGAUGUAUCGAGCCAAUCUGAUAACAUAGAUGAGGAUGAAUUAUACAAUGCCAUCAUGAAUAGUUAA